CGGCGAUGCGAUCUUGAAGAGACGGAAACCGAAAAUGUCGAAAGCUGCGGUCAAGAAGGACGACGUGAGCGUCGGCGCGUUGCGCAUCGUGCACCGCGACAGCAGCACGGAGAUGGAGGAGCUCCUCAUUGCGAGCGCGACGAACGCGCUCAAGGCGUACUACAAGGGCGAGAAGAGUCACUUUACCGAAGUGGCGCAGCAGAUCAAGAAGGACAUCGAAGAGACACACGACGGGAGCUGGCACGUCAUUGUCGGCAAGUCCUUUGGCUCGUUCGUGACGCACGAAGUCAAAAAGCUGCUCUACUUUUUCCUCGGACAAAUCGGCUUUCUCAUCUUUCGCCAUGGCUAGUAGCUCAACUCCACUAGCAUACCCACACCACCAUGUAUAUAUCGCGUUCUCUACGUCUCUUGCUGCCGCACCGCUUCGAGAAGCGUCGCCCACUGUUCGUACUUGGCCGCCGAGACCGCAGCGUGGAGCAAGC